AAAUUCACAUGUCACAGAAACUUCAAAUCCACUAUUUGCCACUAUGGUUUUACCUUCUGAAAUACAUCUCAAUUUAUUCAAACAACAAGUUUUCCCGUUAGACGAUCAGUACAUACCAAAAGCCCUUUGGAUACUGGGUUACUGAAAAGUACAAAGAGAAUGAGACAUCUUGUUUAUGAACAAAUAGAGUAACUGGAAACGAUACCAAGCCAACUCCCUCUAUCCACCACUCCAUGCUUUUCCACUUACUGUGCUAAAAAGUUGGUUUAGCAUACAUUUCCAAAAUCUAACUUUCAUGAGAAUGGCUAUUUCAGCUCCCCUCCUUUUUUUAAACUGAGGUAUUCAUCUGCAUCAGAAAGUGCUUUCAGACUUGUCUAUUUCAACAUCAGUGGUAGCCUAUGAAAGACAUAUUUUAAGCUGUUCUCUGCUGUGAAAGUUCUCCCUUAAAAUCUACUUCUCCUUUAUUAUUCUUUUUCCUUAAACAAGUAAAUAUUUACAUCCUGAAACACUGUCACUUAAUAAUAGUACCACCUAUUUGUCACCAUUCUCUUCUUCCUUCCCUAGUUUCCCUCCUUUUCCUAGCCAACUACUCUCCCAGAAGGGCAACAGUGUUUUCCACAGCUGUUUCCCAACUCCUCCCUUCUCUGUUGCAUCUCCAAAACUCUAUUUUGCUUCUUCCUGAAACUCUUCAUAUUUCAGGCAGGGAAAAACACUCAAAAGACUUUGAAUAUUGGAAAUUCUUGCCUCUACUUUUUUUCCCCCUGGAGUCAUCUGAAGCACCUUGUUAUUUGUACUUAGUGACAGGUUUGCGGAUAAAAGCAGAGACAAUGGCAGACAGCAAUGAAAUGACCAUCAACCUUGUUGUCCUUGGAAAACCUCAGAGUGGCAAAAGUGCUGCUGGGAACAGCCUGUUGGGCAGCUCAGACUUCGAGAGCCAUCUCUCCCCCAGCUCUGUGACUACGUGCUGUAGCCUCGGACGCAGCAGACGCAUUUUGGGGCUCAUACGGAGAAAUGGCUCUGAGUCAGCUCUCCGUGUUCGAGUACUGGACACUCCAAGCUACCCUCACAGUGCUCUGAGCAAAGAGCAAGUGAGGGACAUGGUGACAGCAGCCCUGGCUCAGCACUUCGGAGAGGAAGGCCUGCAUUUGGCUCUCUUGGUCCUGAGGGCUGACCUGCCUCUGUGUCCAGAUGAAAGCAACGACACAGUUCAGCUCAUCCAGGAACUUCUGGGUCCCACAUGGAAGAAUUUCACUGCAGUUCUACUUACUCAUGCAGACAAGGCAGAAGAGGCCGGAUACAGUGAGGAAACAUACUUGCAUAAUGCUUCAAGUACCCUGUUGUCACUUUUGAGUUCAGUACAGCAUAAAUAUAUUUUCCUAGACAACCAAAACAGCAUAAUUAAAGAGGAAAGAAAUACUGUCUUAAGAAAGCUCUUGAAUUUUAUUCAAAAAAAUAAUUAUCAAGUACUACUUAAACACAGCAAGGAAUAAAAUUAGCUUUAAGGUGCUCACCUGUCUAUUUUCUAUAGUAGGUAACAUCUAACAGAAAUAAAACAGUAAAAGCCGUCAACUGGAAAACUCCACAUCCAUACCAAACACCUCUGAACACACAAUUAGAAAUAUUUAUUUAGAUUAUCAAACUACUUGCCUUCCACAGAGUACCUCACACUACUGCAUUCAGAAUCCUAGGUUCAAUCCCAAAAUCAGACUAAGCUAGUGCUCCAAAAUCAUGCUCCCAAUAUGUGUGUAGUUACAAAUGAGGUUUUACACUACACCAGACUGUAUAUUCCAGUUCACACAGAAUAUAGAUCUGAAAGAAUAAAAUUUAAAAAUAAAUUUAAAAUAAAAAUAAAAAUAAAAAAAAAUAAAAAUGUGUGAGUUCAGAAUCAGGGGGCCUCUUUGCUCAAUUCUUCAAGCUUUCAGAAGUUCCUCUGAACUUCCAUUUCUAAAAAGAGCUCUCUGGUACUAAAAGCUAAGAUUUAUCUAUUGUAAAAGUAUUUCCCUGCCAUGAUUCAAGAUCAGUUAUAACAGUUCUUGAACUACAAGGAUUUUAUUUAUUAAGACAUUAUUGGAUAUACAGUUUACAAGGCAGAUAAAAUGGCUUCCAUGUGCUUAAUGCUAUUCAGCAUAUUUAAAAGAAUUACUUUUGCUUAUUGCCAGAUGCAUGAAAAAUUAACAGUUUACAGGCAUAAACAAAACUCAUUCAAAAACAAAAUACGUUCAUCUCCUCUUUAUGUAUGCUCCUUUUAAUUUUAUAUCAUUGUCAUUUUGUUUUCUCUCCACUCACUGGAUGAAGUUCAAAGCCUGCAAAAUUUAGAAAGGCUCAAGUUUGGUUUUAAUUUCAGCAGUUAAAAUAGUAUUUACUGUUUCAAUGGUUUUACAGAAACUAUUUAACUUAAUAAUAUAUGCAAAAAUAUCUAAAGUAUCUCUCAAUAGCUACUUAAAAAGGUUAUUGUAAAUUGAUUAAAAAUAUUUAUUUUCAUAUUAAUGAAAGUAAGGAAUUAAAAUAAAAUAAUUAAUUUGAGGCUAAUACCUAGCAACAUGACUAUUUGUACAUUACUAUGAAAUAACUAACUGAAAAAACUGAAGAAGCUAUUUGUGUAAAAACCAAAGCACUUUUUGUAUAAAACAUCAUCGCAUAAAAGCACAUUAAAACAAAACCAAAAAAUCAAUUAAUUUUA